GGUAAGCACAACUAGACGUGCGGUGCACGGUGGGGCAAGAUACAAAUAUUGCGAGGAAAUGGCUACAUGAUUAGGUAUGUACAGCACUAAGGUAUACCGCUCCCGAAUACGCUAUUCGGUCUGCCGAACACGACCGGAAAGACUUUGUUCCAGGAAAGGGCAUGGAACCUGCCGUAUCCCUCCGUGAAGACGCAGCGACAAACAAGAAGGGAGCUGGUGUACGAUGGUUUAGCGCAGGGCGCCGAGAGCUACAUGAUAUCCCAGUGGCUCGCAAGUGAGUGAAUGAUGCGUAGGAGAGGAAGAGAGGAAGAGAGGAAGAAAGCGGAAUAGGUUACUCUUGGUAGACUCGAUCAGUUGUCUGACUAUUGGAGGUUGGAGCUGUCUCCGCUGCAGCAGCUUUGAUCACUGAUUGGGCGGAAAGCGAGAACUCGGCUCUAGUGGGAUAUCCUCGGAGAUUUCGUUGCCAGCGACGUCACAACGCCAUGGAUGCGACAGGCCCUGCACAUCCAUGAAACGGCGCUUCCUCGCCGCGUUGGUAGGAUGCUGACGCACGGGAAGUGAAUGAGAUUCUGCUUGCUGAGGCCGACAAGCGCAGGUCUCAGUGAGAAGGCGAAGAAGAAGAGGAAGAAGAAGAAGAAGAGGAGGAGGAGGAGGGGCAGUCCGUGAUGCUUCCUCGCCCUUCUGUGCGAUCAGAGAUCGAAGAAUGUCGCGAGAUAGCGGCCGCUAUCCAGCCGCUCUGCCUCUUUCAUGUAGUUCUCUCGCAAGGAGAGCACGGCGUCGCGUACGGCGUUGUCGGUGAUAAAGAGGAAUCAGGUUGAGUGAGAGGGCCGGGACGGCCCAAGAGUGCACCAGCGAUAUCCUG